AUGCAGCAAACAGAAAAGAGUGUCGAAGAAAACGAAGAUGGUGUAGUGAAAGACUCUACAGACGAAGGCAUCAAGGCUACCAGGUCAAUUGAUACGUCUACCCAUAUAUAUACCGCUGCUCAAUGGAAGUAUAUUCAAAAGAUGAGUGACAAGAUGUUUCGCGUAUGCGAAGACAUUGAGAAGGACUAUCCCAUUGGAGUGGAAACCUCGGCCUUCAUCAAUAAUAAGGACAAAAGUACUGUGGGCUACGCAUCUAGGAUCUAUGCCCUAGAUGGAAGCGGACGUGAAUGUCCCAUACACCAAGGAAACCUGGCGGAUACGAUAGAUCUUGCCCUGGAAGAUCUUGAGGCCUCUCUCGACCGGAGGGAGAGGAGCGAAAUAGAGGCGAGAGAAAAGGCUGAUGCGUCCAAUAAAGCUCUCUCUACAGGUCAUGAAAGCGACUCUUCACAGUGA